UGAUUUAAAGUACAUAAGAGGAUUGCAUAAGUUAUAUACAAACACUAUGCCAUUUUACGUAAGGGACUCAAGCACCUGCAGAUUUUGGUAUUCAUGGGGUUCCUGGAAUCAGUCCCUUGAGGAUAUCAAGGGACCACUGCCUUGUCAACAUCACUGGUUAGGCCAGUUUAACUUAUUGUAUGUAGCCAGUAGUAUGGCCUCCUAUCCAGAACAAAUGGCUCAGAAAGAAUGUUUUCUGAUUUUGUUUUUGUUUUAUUUCCCCCCCCCAGUGAUUCUCAUGUCCAGCAGGUUUGGGAACCACGGAGUUAAAUGACUUCUUAUAAUAACUUUGCAUUAGAUUUUACCUCGAUACGUUUUCAUUGAUCAUUUUUAUGUGACAUUAGUUUCCUGAGCUUUUAAAAGGUAGUGUGGUUCAGGGUAGAUUUUCUAACUUUACUGAGCUCUCUCUUUUGUUUUCGUGCAGUGUUCAGAAAUAUGGCAGCUAGCUGUCUGAGGUUUCCUGGCUCUGUUCCACCUCCCCGUGUUUACCUCGACCUUCUCUUUCCUUUGUAGCUGUUGUUCUUGUCCUACUCAGUUUUGAUUCCACUCCCAGCAGUUUCUAUUCAGUGUCCUUCCAAUCCUGGAAAAGAGCUCUGGUUCUUACCAGAGUUCACAUCCGGCUCCCACUUUGUAAGAAUCAACUGUGUGUAUCUCUUCCCAACUUUGUACUCAUGUUAGUAGCUUGCAGUUGGCCAUGGCAGGAGUAUUUAUACCAUGGAAAUCAGCAAGCACCACAAAUUGGACUGUUAAACAACUACCAGCACACCACUGGCUAUGCUGCUGUGGCUCUUGAGAUCUUACUUGUGUGUUUGCCAGAGGUAGGAGCCAGUUUUCUGGGAGACCUCAGCACAGUUAGAUCUUGCAGAGUAUGUCUAAGUGGAUCAUGCCACAUCCUUGCUUUCACACUUCUUCCAGCUGGCAUCGAUCAACAUUUCACUCUUGAUGAUUUACAGUUUAUGAUCUUUCACACACCCUUCUGCAAGAUGGUCCAGAAAUCCCUGGCUCACCUGAUGUUCAAUGACUUUCUGUUAGCCAGUGGCAACACACAGACUGGCCUCUAUAAGAGGCUGGAAGCCUUCAGGGGGCUAAAGCUGGAAGACACCUACACCAAUAAGGACGUAGAAAAAGCAUUUCAAAAGGCCUCUCUAGACAUGUUCAACAAGAAGAGCAAGGCCUCCCUCCACCUCUCCACACACAGCGGGAAUAUGUACACUUCAUCCCUGGAUGAUGGAUGCCUGGCCUCACUUCUGUUCCAUCCCUCUGCCCAGGACUUGGCUGGCUCCAGGAUUGGUGCCUUCUCUUAUGGCUCUGGCUUAGCGGAAAGUUUCUUUUCAUUUCGGGUAUCCCAGGAUGCCUCUCCAGGCGCCCCCCCGGAGAAGCUGGUAUCCAGUACAUCAGACCUGCCCAAAUGUCUCACCUCCUGGAAGCAUAUGUCUCCUGAGAAGUUUACAGAAAUAAUGGACCAAAGAGAGCAAUUCUACCACAAGGCUAAGAAAAAAGUGAAUUUCUCACCACCUGGUGACAAAAACAGCCUUUUCCCAGGUUCUUAAUACCUGGAGCGAGUCGAUGAGCUGUAUCACCGAAAGUAUGCCCGGCGUCUGGUCUAA